UUACUAAAUAUGUAUUUAUUUGUGUGUAUAACUGUAUAUAGAUAAUGUUCGUAUAUUUAUGUAUAUAUAUAUAUACAUUCCGAUGUUGAUAUCAAAGAUUAAUUUUCAGAUACCGCAAAAAAUACUUAACAUGUCGUAUGCACCCGUACCACGAUCAAAAGCAGGAUAUCUGUGGGGUUCAUCUAACGCGCAAGUGCAAGUCGAGUUUUUUCAUGAUGUACAAUGUCCGUUUAGUAGAAAGUUCUUUAACACUUUGUAUCCACUGAUUAGUAAACCUGCACCUGAAGAUAACAAGUUCGCGAUUACUAUAUCCUGUGGUGUACUGUUUGGUCACAAUCAAGCCUUUGAGACUACAAGAGGGGCCAUCCAUGCGGCAAAGGGAACUACUGAAGGCUUCAUCGAGGCUCUUCACUCAAUUUCAGAGAAUUUCGACUCCCUCAAGAACGAUGCUUGCGCGAAUAAAACCCGUCUGGAUGUACAAAAACUUGUCGCAGGGAUCCUCGCCAAACAGACUGGCGAGAGCGAAGAAGAGUUCAUCGCGCAGACAUUCGAUAAGGACGACACCUAUGCGGAGGCGAAGGUCAUGUUCCGGAACAUGAUUCUGAAGGGCAUGUUCGGCACACCGUCUGUGCAAAUCAACGGCGUACCUGUUCAGAAGAUUGGGUCAGCCAUGAGCCUGGACGAGAUCAAGGCUUGUUUCAAGGAGGUUGAGGAUAUGGCGGGGCCCGCUAAAUUCCUAUAAGACAGCAAUAUCGCAAUCUCUUUUAUAUAUAUUAUGUAUACCCUAGUUGACAAGAGUAAGAACACAAUAAAAUGUCUACUGGCUCAUUCUUUCAUACUGGGGAUCAAAGAGCUAUACACAUGCAA